AUGAUGACCACUGAGCGGAUCCAGUCACGCCAACUCCCAGAAGAGAGACUGGACAAGCGAGACACAUGCAGCAACCACUUGGAUGAUAUUUCGGAGCAGUUCAUUAUGAGUUGUGAUAUUAAAAAGAAGUCAAGGAAAGGAAAAACCAUUCAGGGAACCCCAAACCCUGACUUGGAGCAAAAAAAGCCAAGGAGAAAAGAUGCUUCUGCACUACACAUUCCUACUUUUAUGACAGGUGUUCUUUCUGAGCAUUUAACAAAAAGAUGCGACAUCAAUGAGAACCCACCAAAGGGCAAACUGAGUCCAGCUCUUCGUAACAGUGACCUGGAGCAGAAAAAGCCAAGGAGAAAGGACACACCUGCUCUCCACAUGUCACCUUUUGCAGCAGAACCAGCCAUCCAUGACACCAGCCUUCCCCACGUUGUACUGUGA